CUGCCUCUGGGCCCGGCCUGGUCCCUUUCUCCCUUCCCAUCUCCCACAUCCCCCCCCCUUCACCAUCCCAUUGCCCAUCCCCAUCAUCGCCGUAGGGCCUCAUCUCGACAUCUGCAAGAGGUGCAUCAUCAUCUCCAUCUCCCGUGUACUAUUUCUCACCUUGGCCCGUCUUACUCGUUUUAAUCCCCUUCCUUCCAUCAUCUCGUUGCGCCUGGACGUCGACGUCCCGUGCUAUCACCACAGCUCAGAACAUUGGCACGCAACCAACCAGGCAGGCAGGCAGGCAGGCAGUCACCCACACCUUCACAACCAACAUUGGCAGCGUGGCGUGCCGCUUUCUCUUUUCUCCAUCCAUCUCGCAUCAACAGCAUCAACAACACCAGCAAACACCGUUUUCCUCUCUUUGCCUUGCACCUCGAGUGACCGUCCCGACACCCCGGUCAUCUAAUUCCCUGGUGUUGCACCUUGCAUAAACGCUUCAGGUUAAGGCUGCUGUGCUCGCAUCAUUCCGCGCGCAACAUCUUGACUACAUUAUUACCUACACCGCACUCCCUCCACCGUCCCCUUUUGCUUUCCCUCCGGUCUUCCCAAAAUGCCUUCUGCCGUCUUUGCGACCCCGUCGCAACCCACGACGAUGCCCUACAACACCCGAAGAAAGUCGCUGUCCCUCCCGUCCUUGGGCAUUGCCCUCCCCCGGCCUGCUCGCUCACCGCCUGCCAUUACCGAGAGUCAGCACAUUGCCAAACGACAAAAGCGUUCGCACUCGAGUUCCACCUCAAAUCCUUCUACACCGGCCUCUCCUCCGCGACCAUCUGCGCCGCGUUUCGACGAGCGCCCAAAGAGCCAAGGUCGAGCUGCCGCCGACACACCGCCACCAUCGCCGGGCGGCGAGUCCGGGCAAACAAAAAUCGACACCCAAGGCAUCGAUGAUAUUAUUGUCGUCGGCGUGAUUGAGCAGCUGGAGAAGACGGGAAACCGCCCGCAUUUGCUCAAGGAGCUUGCCACUAUUCUCUCGCCAACCAUUCCCAUUGUCGAAAGCUCCGCCAACCCUGCUGCAAUCAUUUCGUCACGCCUCGCAACCUACCUGAAACGCAAUUGGACCGCCCUUUCCCGCUGCCCACUCGACAAGAAACUCGUCGGCACCCACCCCAAGCGUGUAUACUACUUCCUCUCCACCUGCCCGCAUCAACCGAUACCCGACGAUGCCUCCUCCAAUGUUCCUUCAGUAGCUCGCAUCAUCUCACCCUCGCUGUCUUCGGCCGCUUCCGAAGAGGCGGAUGACAUGCGUUCACGAGAUGUGAGAUCGCCCUCACCAGAGCUUGAUCUCUCGGAUUAUGACGACGCUGCGAGCGAUCCGUUCACCAACCAGACGCACCCCCCCACUGCCCACAACAUUGCACACAAUCGGCGAGCCCAGUCCCCGCCGCUGGAGAAGGACGAGCGCGAGUUCACCCAGACAGCAACCAUCUUGCAACAACGCAGGAGGAGCCAAACGGCUGAGCGCGAACGAUCGGCUAGCAUGUCUAGUCAGGAGACGGCCAAAUCUGAUGUGUCGAUGAGCGACAUACCGGAAAUCGAGGAUGAAGAAAGUGCUGCUCGCAAGAACUCUGAGAUCGCCGUGGCUCUUUUUGGACAGAUGGAGCACACCAAUUUCGAGCCGCACUUUGGCACGAGCAGUCCCAUGUUGAAGCCAACCUUUGAUGUGGUACCGAUGGCAAGCGAUUUCAAACCAAGCCCAACCAAGAUGGAGACGGUCGAAUCCGACUUGCAUUGGGAGAGCCGCGCUUCCGAAAGCAUCGAGCUGGACGAGCUCGACGAUCUUUUUGAAACAUAUUAA